AUGUUAAAAUCUGUUUGUUUGAUGUUUGUUAGGACAGUUGAUACAGCCAUGGAUAUCACUCAGAUUCUCCUAGCCGCGCAAUCUCCGGACGGUAACCUUCGGUCGGUAGCAGAAAGCAGCCUUAAGCUGUUUCAGGAGCAGAAUCUUCCCAGGUUCCUGCUUUCCUUAUCAGUGGAGCUCUCGAAUGACGAAAGGCCGCCAGAGUCUAGAAGACUUGCUGGCAUUAUCCUUAAGAAUUCGUUGGAUGCCAAGGAUUGUUCAAGGAAGGAGCUACUUGGUCAGCAAUGGGUCAGCCUGGACCUGUCGAUCAAAUCGAGGAUCAAGGAAUCGUUGCUGCUAACGCUAGGAUCUUCGGUGCCUGAUGCAAGGCAGGUCUCAUCGCAGGUUAUUGCAAAGGUCGCCUCCAUUGAGAUGCCCCGUUGUGAAUGGCAAGACCUCAUUGCCAAGUUAUUGGGAAACAUGACGCAGCACGGUGCAUCUGCGCCACUGAAGCAAGCAACUCUAGAGGCAUUGGGGUAUGUCUGUGAGGAGAUUUCUCCUGAGCACUUGGAGCAGGAUCAAGUCAAUGCUGUUCUGACUGCUGUGGUCCAGGGAAUGAACCAGGCAGAGCUAAGUGUUGAAGUCCGUCUUGCAGCAGUUAAAGCUCUAUAUAACGCUCUUUAUUUUGCUGAUAGCAACUUUGCAAAUGAUAUGGAGAGGAACUAUAUAAUGAAGGUAAUUUGUGAGACUGCUGUAUCUAAUGAAGUGGAGAUCAGACAGGCAGCUUUUGAAUGCCUUGUUGCAAUUGCAUCCAUAUAUUAUAUGCACUUGGAACCUUAUAUGCAAACCGUAUUUAACCUGACGUCCAACACUGUCAAAGGAGAUGAGGAAUCAGUUGCACUUCAAGCUAUUGAGUUCUGGAGCACAAUUUGUGAUGAAGAGAUUCAACUCCAAGAAGAAUAUGAGGGAUAUGACGAUGCCGACUCUAGUGCAAAUUUUCGCUUUAUAGAAAAGGCACUCCCUUCACUUGCUCCAAUGCUGCUCGAAACUCUGUUGAAGCAGGAGGAAGAUCAAGAGCAAGAUGAUAAUGUGUGGAACAUUUCCAUGAGUGGUGGGACGUGCCUUAGACUCAUCGCUAAAGCUGUUGGUGAUGCGAUUGUCCCUCUUGUCAUGCCAUUUGUUGAGGCUAACAUCACAAAUCCAGAUUGGCAUUGUCGUGAGGCAGCUACUUUUGCAUUUGGUUCUAUCCUUGACGGUCCUUCUCUUCCGAAACUUGCUCCACUGGUACAUGCCGGACUUGAUUUCUUGCUCAAUGCAAUGAAAGAUCCCAACAGCCAGGUAAAAGACACCACUGCAUGGACUCUUGGGCGUGUGUUUGAAUUUUUGAAUUCUCCAACCAGUGUCAAUCCGAUUGUAACAAGUGGAAACCUUACGCGUAUCAUGACAGUGUUGCUGGAGAGUAGUAAGGAUGUUCCAAAUGUGGCUGAGAAAGUCUGUGGAGCUAUAUACUUUCUUGCCCAAGGUUAUGAAAAUGCAGCAGAUUCAAUCUCCUCUGUGCUUACACCUUAUCUUCCUAGUGUCAUCACCGCUCUCCUUUCUGCUACGGACUGUGUUGGCGCGACCCAUUUUAGGCUUCGUUCAUCUGCUUAUGAAGCAUUGAAUGAGAUUGUGAGAGUCAGCAACAUAGAUGAAACUUCAAGCAUUAUAGGCCAGUUAUUGCAGGAGGUCAUGAGAAGAUUGAACUUGACAUUUGAUCUCGAAGUAUUUUCAUCAGGCGACAAGGAGAACCAGAGUGACCUGCAGGCUUUGCUGUGCGGUGUACUGCAGGUCAUCCUCCCGAAACUGAGCAACUCAGAUGCGGAGUCCAUUAUCACCCAGAAUGCUGACCAGUUGAUGUUUCUGUUUCUUCGUGUCUUUGCUUGCCACGGUUCUACUGUACAUGAAGAAGCAAUGCUUGCUAUUGGUGUUCUUGCGGAUGCUAUCGGUCCAGAUUUUGUAAAAUACAUGCCGGAGUUUUUCAAGUACCUUGAAGCAGGCUUGCAGAAUCAUGAAGAAUACCAAGUAUGCUCCAUUUCUGUUGGAGUGGUGGGUGACAUUUGCCGUACACUAGAAGAUAAAGUGUUGCCAUUCUGUGAUGGAAUUAUGACUGUUCUCCUCAAGGAUCUUUCAAAUCCAAUGCUCAACCGGUCUGUCAAACCUCCCAUUUUCUCAUGCUUUGGAGAUAUUGCUCUUGCUAUUGGCGAGAAUUUUGAGAAAUACCUGCCAUAUGCCAUGCCAAUGCUUCAAGGAGCUGCUGAGCUUGUUGUAGUUUUAGAUCAAAGUGACGAUGAUAUGGUUCACUAUGGUAAUCAGCUCAGACGGGGAAUAUUUGAGGCUUACUCUGGCAUAUUACAGGGUAUAAAAGGUCCAAAAGCUCAGCUGAUGGUACCUUAUGCAACCCACCUAUUGCAGUUCACUGAAGCUGUCUACAAGGAUGGGAGCAGGGAUGAGAGUGUGACAAAGGCUGCAGUUGCAGUCCUUGGUGAUCUUGCAGAUACACUUGGCCCAAUAUCAAAAGAUCUGUUCAGGAACCACCUGUUCCAUGUCGAAUUCUUUAGGGAGUGCCUUGAUUCGGACGAAGAAGUCAGGGAGGCUGCAUCGUGGGCGCAGGGAAUGAUAAACCAAGCAGUGGUUGCUUAA